AUGGAAAACUGCCAAAUGGAAACGGACGCUCACUUGAUGUCGCAAGCACAACAGUGUGCACAAGCUCCUCGACCGACACAAAUACAACACUCGCCAGCUCCUCUACCAACCAAAGAAGUGCAACAAACCAGUACACCGACGUCAGCUAAUGCCUGUUCAAGUAUAGUACAAAGUUUGAUGUGCUAUCGACAGGGAUGGGAAAGAGAAGCAUUUGCCAAACGAGCGAUUGAGUCACUGGUUAAAAAGUUAAAGGGAAAAAGAGAUGAAUUAGAUAAUCUUAUUCUAGCUAUAACUACAAAUGGUUCGAAUCCAAGUAAAUGUGUUACAAUACAAAGAACAUUAGACGGGCGAUUACAGAUAGCUGGGCGUAAAGUUUUUCCGCAUGUAAUAUAUGCAAGAAUCUGGCGAUGGCCAGAUUUACAUAAAAAUGAACUCAAGCACUUAAAGUAUUGCCUAUAUGGUUUUGACUUAAAAUGUGAUUCUGUGUGUGUAAAUCCGUUUCAUUAUGACCGUGUUGUAUCACCAGGCAUAGAGUUAAGUGGUCUAACGCUACACACUGGUACAUCUACUAAUGAUUCUGGCCGAAUAAUUAGCAUAAGAGAUGAGUAUAAAGAUGGAGGGGAAGGAAUGUCUUCCACGCCAACUGGUUCUAGUCAAGCUAGCAGUUCCAAUAUGAACAGUGAUGUACCUGGAAACAGCCCGUCUAUGGGUGUACAACAUCAUUUACCUCUUUUAUGUCACUACAAAAUUCCAGUGACUGAUCAACCGUCUCAACAAUCAACCGUCUCUCAAGCUGCUGGAGAUAUUUGUUUGUUUCGGCCCAAACUACUGCAGCAUCAAAUUGGUCUAAAUUCUCGAGUACAGGUUAAGACUGAACCAUGUGACAAUUGGAUGCCGAGUACACCAUCACAUACACCUCCCAAUAGUAAGUUGCUUAACUAA